CUUUCUGAAAGAGGAACCCUAAAAAAGGUCACGACUCACUGCACACCAAAAGGCCUCAGAAAUUCAAAUUUCGAAAUUGGCGCUUCCCCAUUUCUACGUCUCCACCUCUCCUCUUUGAUUCGAUCUGCAUUCUACAGAGCUUGAAGACUGUUAUCUGUUAAUUCUAAUGGGAGCCUCUCAAAGCCGUGAGGGUCUGGAACUAUCAGACUCCGAUCGUGAAGAAGAAGGGAACGAGGAAACGAAUGAAGAGGAGGAGGAAUACGAGGAUGUUGAAGAUGAGCACCAGAGAUCUUCAGAGAGACAACCGAAAACGCCAUCGUCGGUGGACGAGGUCGAGGCGAAGCUCAGGGCUCUCAAGCUCAAGUACGGAUCGUCUCAAAAGCCAAACCUAAAAAACGCGGUGAAGCUUUAUCUCCACAUUAAUGGCAACACUCCUAAGGCGAAAUGGAUUAUCUCCGAAAAAGUUACUUCUUACUCUUUCCUCAAGUCUUGCAGAACUGGCGAGGGCGGCCAUGAUGACGAAGAGGAGGAAGAUGAAGAUGAGGAGGAUGAGGAGGAGGAAGGGGGAGAUGACUCUUGGUGGUAUUUGAAGGUUGGAUCGAAAAUUAGAGUGAAAGUGUCGUCGGAGAUGCAAUUGAAAACGUUCAGAGAUCAGCGGCGCGUGGACUUUGUUGCGCAGGGUGUCUGGGCUUUGAAAUUUUUCAGUGAUGAAGAUUAUAGGUUCUUUGUGGAAAAGUUCCAGGGCUGUUUGUUUGAGAAUACAUAUGGAUUUGAGGCUACGGAGGAGAAUAAACUGAAGGUUUAUGGGAAGGACUUUAUUGGUUGGGCGAAGCCUGAAGUGGCAGAUGACUCAAUGUGGGAAGAUGCGGAGGAGAGUUUCUCUAAGAGUCCCAAUUCGGCAACACCUGUCAGGGCAAACGAUUUGAUGGAGGAGUUUGAGGAAGCUGCAGAUGGCGGGAUUAAGAGUUUAGCUUUAGGUGCGUUAGAUAACAGUUUCUUGGUCGGCGAUUCAGGAAUCCAGGUCGUCAGGAACUUCACUCAUGGAAUUCAAGGGAAGGGUGUUUAUGUGAAUAUCGAUAAUGGAAAUCGGGGUCCUCGUGGAGGUGGUUCUGCCUUGGCCUAUUCAACGCCGAAGAAGGCUCUUCUUAUGAAGGCUGAGACCAAUAUGCUUUUGAUGAGUCCAAUGAAUGAGGGGAGGCCUCACACGUCUGGACUUCAUCAGCUUGACAUUGAAACGGGGAAAAUUGUUACUGAGUGGAAGUUUGGGAAGGAUGGUGUUGAUAUUUCAAUGAGGGAUAUUACUAAUGAUUCUAAAGGGGCCCAGUUGGAUCCUUCGGGUUCGACAUUUUUGGGUUUGGAUGACAACAGGCUUUGCAGAUGGGAUAUGCGAGAUAGGAAAGGAAUGGUUCAAAAUCUUGCUACGUCAAGCACUCCAGUCUUGAAUUGGGCUCAAGGGCAUCAAUUUUCCAGAGGAACCAAUUUCCAGUGCUUUGCUACCACGGGAGAUGGGUCAAUUGUUGUUGGAUCGCUUGAUGGAAAAAUUAGGCUCUAUUCUAUCAAUUCAAUGAGACAAGCAAAGACAGCUUUUCCAGGCCUUGGUUCACCUGUUACACAUGUAGAUGUUACCUAUGACGGUCGGUGGAUUUUGGGAACAACAGAUUCCUAUAUAAUUCUUAUUUGCACUCUCUUUACUGAUAAAGAUGGGAAGGCAAAGACUGGAUUUGCUGGUCGAAUGGGGAAUCGGAUUUCAGCUCCAAGACUGUUAAAGCUGACUCCUCUGGAUUCACAUUUAGCUGGCGUGGACAAUAAGUUCCGAAAUGCUCAAUUCUCGUGGGUAACCGAGGAUGGGAAACAGGAGCGCCAUUUGGUUGCGACCGUAGGCAAGUUCAGUGUGAUAUGGAACUUCCAACAAGUGAAAAAUGGUUCCCAUGAGUGCUACCGCCAUCAGGAGGGCCUGAAGAGCUGCUACUGUUACAAGAUCGUUCUAAAAGAUGACUCCAUUGUUGAUAGUCGUUUCAUGCACGAAAAGUUUGCGGUGACUGACUCGCCCGAGGCUCCAUUGGUGAUCGCGACGCCGAUGAAAGUCAGUUCCUUCAGCAUAUCCAGCAGGCUAAGAGGCUGAGAUUGAGUUCCAGAAUUAACUCGCUACUUGUUUUGUUGCAUUCUCUGAUGCAAUUCACUGCGUUUCAAGUGGCUUUUUUAGAACCUCAUAGAUGCCGUAAGUAGUUUUAAUCAUCUAUAUCAAUGAGUUCCAAAUAUUGUUUAAUUGUAUUUGUAAUUUGUAUUCUAUUUCAACUGCUUUGAUGACUCAUAGUAGUAUCUUGUGUCCAUCGUUUGGGAAGCACAUGAAAAUCUCAACCUUGAUUUCUAUCC